GUCUGUGUGAGGGAGGGAGGGAGAGGGGACCGAGAUGACUCAGUCAGUCCUAGUCCAAGUGGGCCAAUGUGGCAAUCAAGUUGGCUGCAGAUUUUGGGACUUGGUUUUACGAGAGCAUGCAAAUGUAAAUAAGAAAGGCAUCUAUGAUGAAGCACUUGGUAACUUCUUUAGAAAUGUGGAUACAAGAUCUACUAAUGGAGAUGAUAUAAAUCUUCACAAAGGAAUAAUUCGAUCUCUUAAAGCUCGGGCAGUACUUGUUGACAUGGAAGAAGGUGUCGUUAAUGAAUUACUUCAGGGUCCAUUGAGGGAUGUUUUUGAUAGUAAACAACUUAUAACUGAUGUAUCUGGUUCUGGUAAUAAUUGGGCAGUUGGAAAUAAACAAUAUGGUUGCCUCUACCGUGAUCGUAUUCUAGAAGUAAUCCGAAAAACAGCUGAACACUGUGAUUGUUUGCAGUGUUUUUUUUUAAUUCACUCAAUGGGUGGAGGGACUGGUUCUGGUCUGGGUACCUUUGUGCUGAGCCUUUUAGAGGAUGAGUUUCCAGAAGUCUACAGAUUUGUUACGUCUAUUUACCCUUCUGCUGAUGAUGAUGUUAUCACUUCACCUUACAACAGUGUUCUUGCCAUGAAGGAACUGACUGAACAUGCAGAUUGUGUUUUACCUAUUGAGAACCAGUCCUUGAUUGACAUAGUCAACAAAAUCAAUCAGAUGGCCAAUUCUGGUAAAUCAGCAUCUGCAAUAAAACAUCAAAGUACAUUGAUUUCUGGUCAGUCUAAAGUCAAACAACAGGAAAAGCCAUUUGAUGCUAUGAAUAAUAUUGUAGCUAACUUGCUGCUCAAUUUGACUAGCUCUGCCAGGUUUGAAGGAUCUCUCAAUAUGGAUCUUAAUGAAAUCACCAUGAACCUGGUUCCAUUUCCACAGCUUCAUUACCUUGUUUCUAGUCUAACUCCUUUAUAUACCUUGGCUGAUGUAAAUAUCCCCACAAGAAGAUUGGAUCAGAUGUUCACCGAUGCUUUCAGUAAGGAUCACCAGUUGAUGUAUGCUGACCCAAAACGUAAUCUGUACCUUGCCUGUGCACUGAUGGUCCGAGGAAAUGUUCAGAUUUCUGAUCUUCGAAGAAACAUUGAGAGGCUGAAACCUUCUCUCCAGUUCAUCCCAUGGAAUCAGGAAGGUUGGAAGACAAGUCUGUGCUCAGUACCUCCUGUUGGUCACACUCACUCCUUAUUGGCACUAGCUAAUAAUACUUGUGUUAAGACUACCUUCAUGGAUCUAAAGGAUCGAUUUGUAAAACUUUAUAAGAAAAAGGCUCACAUUCAUCAUUACCUCCACGUGGAUGGAAUGGAACAAAGUUGCUUCACAGAAGCCAACAAUUCUUUGUCAUCCCUCAUAGAGGAAUACAACCAGUUGGAUGCUACUAAAGGACUACCAGUCACCAAAAUGUCUCGCCUUUCCAUUGCAUCAUAAAAUAUUAUCAUGAAAGGAACGGUGUUAAAUCCAUAUUACAAUACUAACUUCAGUUAUAAUUAUUUUCCAAAAAAUUGAAAUAAUCAGGUGCGCGCUUAUAAACAUAAAAGCACAUAAAAAGUUGUUGCUGAAAUCCAGAAAGGUCUUUACACCUGAUACAGAUCAAAUUCUACAAGACAUAAGAUGUAUUCUGGUCUAAGAUUCUGUAUGUGCAUUCUUCUAAAUAAUUAGUGUUUAUCUGAAUACUCUUAGAUUGGUGACUUGGUUGGCUAAUACAUCUAAGAACAAGUAGAUGGACCAACAAAGUUGCUGGGAUGCUUGAUAUGUUAUUUUCACCUGGAAAAUGGUUAAAGCAUUACACUCAUCAGUAAGUUAAGGUUGCAGAAAAGCCAACCUCCCUAUUUUGGACAGUUUGGCAAAGAUUUUGUUUGUAUACCUAUCUGAAGACCAGUAAUGAAUCCCCAUCAGUUUCAUGGGCUAGGCCCGAUGGAAUCAAGUGCCCCUCAGGUAAUUAAUUGGCCACUUUUAGGCCUCAGGUGAGUUUCCAAGCAGCAAUAGUUCUGUCUGUUGAGAGUUGCUGACCAAACAAAUGGCACCACAUCUACCCUGUGUCUAUUAUCAUCAUCAGACCCCAGGCCACUGAAGGGGUAGUGGGAGGUAAGAGAAGAAAUAGCUUUCAAUGGCCACUCACUGUUCGCUGCUAGGUUCCUUGUUCAGCCAAGGGGUGACUGCUCCAGGGAAUUGUGUGGUUGGUUUCUAGCAAACCUGAGAGGUUUUCCUGAACAGCCUUCCAAGGUUGUGAAAGACCAUGCAAAUUCCAUUUAAUCCCCGAGCUACCACUAAAUUGCAGUGGAAUCAGAGAUGUAAUUUGGAUCAUAAAUGAGCUUCUUUGCUGCCUUCCUGAUUAGACAUAUCAAUGUUGUGUCAGUCCCUUCUGUCAUCUGAAUUAAUCAAGGGACGUUUUCCUGCUGCUGUGGAGCUGACAUUGAUUUGUUUUAUUGUUAUCAUGUGUACUGAGAUAGUGAAAAGUGUUGUUUUGUAUGCUGUACCAUACGAAGUGCAUUAAGGCAGCAAAACGGAUUGCAAAAUAGAAUGUUACAGCCACAGAGAAGGUGCAGUGAGAGAUUGAAAUGAAUAUUUGAGCAGUCUAUUCAAAAGUCUGACAACAGUGGGGAAGAAGCUGCUGUUGAAUCUGUUCAUACGUGUAUUUGAACUUUUAUAUCUUCUGCCUGAUGGAAGAGGAUUGAAGACAAUAUUACUGAGGUGGAAGGGGGUUUUAUGUUGGUUGCUUUCUUGCAGCAGUGGGAUGGAGUCAGUGGAUGGAAGGCUGGUUUGCAUGGUGGACUGGGCAAUUUGGUAGGUUGGUGUUGAUGUGAACCAUGACUGACCUGUCAAAGCAUUUCAUAAUUAUCAAGGUCAGAGCCAGGCAGUAGUCAUUGAGGUAUGCUGCAUGAUUUUUAACUGGGAUGAUGGUCAGGUGGGGACUUCAUAGUAAGGAGGGAUUGAAGAUGUCUGUGAAUACUCUUGCCAGCUUUUCCAUACAGGAUCUGAAUGCACGGCCAAGAUCUCUAUCCAGGCCAGUUGCUUUCAAAGGGUUCACUCUCAAGAAGGCUAAUCUGACAUCUGGGGUGGGGACAGGUGCAUCUGAGACUGUUGGGAGAGGUGGCACCAUUGCAUGCAACCCUAAUUAAAUGGACCCAAUACCAUGGUUCCUACUGCUACAAGCUGCAUAAAAUUCAGUUCUGUGACGUUGGAAAUUGAAAAUAUUUUAGAUAAAAUAUUUGGCAAAAAUCUACCGUAGGAUUAUGAUUCGCAGCUAUUUGCUCCCAUUAACAAAUGGGUAAGAUACUGACAUAUUAGUGAUCUGCAAAGAAUUAAAAUGGCACUGCAACAGUUGUUGAAUUGAUUGAAUUCCCGUAAUUAAAAUCCUUUUCUUAGUUCUAUGAAAUUGGAGCUGGCAAAUAAACCAUACAGAUUCUUUUUCUGGAUUCUAUAAAUAAUCAAUUUAGAUUGCAUUCUUGCUUAUAUUAAUGAAUGUUAAUUGUUUCUAUAAAUUAUCUGUACAAAAAUCUUUCUAUGAAUGAAAUGCCAAGGGUACCUAACGAUUGCACAAAUAUUACACGUUAAUAGAGUAUUAAUAUUUAAAAGAUGGAUAUAUAGUGUGUUUUUGCAUUUAAACUAAUAUGCCUGCAAGUUCCAUGCUGUUUAUAUAUAUUUAUCAAAUAAUGUUUGACUUCUCUAGUAUUGAUAGUUCUAUUAAAAUUAUUUUGAUGUAAUUAUUUCACCAUUAUUUGGCUCAUACAUGAUAUGCACUUACUACUUUGAACAUGCAUUUGGAAAAAGUGUAUUUUUUGUAUAAUGCAAGUUCCAAAUCCCACUACUUUUUUGAGAAACACAAUAUGAGCAAGUAGUUACUAACUCCACCAGUGAGUGAUGUUACAGAAAAUUUAAAAUGUUCAUUUUGCAUACACAACAACAAACCAUUAAGUAUAAGUUCCAAAUGCAGAAAAUAUCAUUGUUUGAUCUGCUUUCAAUCUAAAAGGUUUAAUUGCUGGAGUUUUUUUUUGCAUCUCUUUCAACUGAAACCUGCAGCUUUUAAUUCCAUUCCAACUGAGUCUACUGAUUUGUGCUGCAAUUGAGAUAGGAGGAAUGCACUGUCAUUCUAGUCUCUACUCCAUGGGUCACAACAAAAAGUGAAAAUAUUAUACCCAAAUCUUGACACUGUUGAUAUGUACUUUCUCUAUAAGGGACUUAUAAUGAAAAGGUCCAUCCGCAUUUCUUUAUUGAACACAAUUAUAAUAAAAUUAUAACUCAAAGCACUGUUCAGUGAAGAUGCAGAAUUGGUUAAUAUAUAAUUUGUUACGAUAAUAUAAAUGUUUACUGUCCUAAUAGUCCAAAACAAACAAACAUGCACAUCAGAUAAAGGGAAAGAAUAG